AUGAAUGGUGUAUGGAAGAAGAUUUGCCCGCAAUUCGUGAAUGAUUUUAAGGGGUUUGAUAAUGUUAUCAUCAACAAAACGUUGGUGACUACAAGCAAAGAACUGGGAAUGGAUUUGGAGGAGGAAGAUUUCACAGAUUUAUUUGAAAAAGACAAGCAGCUCCUGACGAACAAGGAUUUGAUAGAGCUUCACAAACAGCAAAAUAAAGAAGAAGAGGAAGUUGAACCUGAGUCACGUCAUUUUGCCAUUAAGAAAAUGCAGCAAGCAUAUGCAUGUAUCGAAAAAGGAUUUUCUAUGUUCGAGGAUAUGGAUCCAAAUGUUCAAUGCUUCUCCAAGAUUACGAUGGUUUGUCACAAAGCUUUUGCUCCUUAUAACGUAAUCCUUGGGGAAAAUAAGACAGUAGACAGUUCAAGGAACUCUCAGCCGUUUUUUUUUAAGCACAUCGAACAACAAAAACAGCCAGAGUCAGUUGUUGAUGAUGAUGAUCCACAGCCAUCUACAUCCGCGAUUUGCCACUGUUACAGCGUUGAUAGCGGCGACAGAAGAGGCGACGGCAGCGGCGACGGAAGAGGCGACGGCAGCGGCGACGGCAGCAACGACGGCAGCUGCGACGGUAGCGGCGACGGCAGCGGCGACGGCAGCGGCGACGGCAGCGGCGACGGCAGCGGCGACGGCAGCGGCGACGGCAGCGGCGACGGCAGCGGCGACGGCAGCGGCGACGGCAGCGGCGACGGCAGCGGCGACGGCAGCGGCGACGGCAGCUGCUACGGUAGCGGUGACGGCAGCGGCGACGGCAGCGGCGACGGCAGCUGCGACGGUAGCGGCGACUUCAGCGGUGACGGCAGAGACGACAGCAGUGUUAAUGGCAGCGGCGACGGCAGCGGCGACGGCAGCGGCGACGGCAGCGGCGACAGCAGCGGUAAUGACAGCGGGGGCGGCAGCGGCGGCGAAGGUGAUGUCGGUGGCGGGGAUUGCGGUUUUAACAGACAGUGGCAGGAAUAG